UCCUCAGCUGCUUAAAACCCCCCUUUCUUUCUUCCUUUCCCUUCUCAAUUUCAGUUUCUUUUGGCUUUCUCAUGGAACUUCUUCUACCUUUCACACUUUUAAAACAAACCCACUUCCCAUUCACGGGCUAGGCUACUGCUACUGCUAGUUCUAGCUCCCUCUUCUUCUUCUUUUUCCCUUCAUUUCCCCUGUUUUGGAGCCGCUUUGUCCAGAGCUUUGUUUUGAGCUUGCUGUUCAUGGGGUCCUGCCUCAGUGCUAGGAUCAAAGCUGAGAGCCCUCUUCACAAUGGCCUGAGCUCCAAGGAUGCAAGAGAUGGAGAUGAUAAAGGUAAUUCAAUCAGCAAGUCCUCAUCAGUAUCGACCCCGCGGACUCCACGAACAGAAGGCGAGAUCUUGCAGUCCUCCAACUUGAAAAACUUCCCCUACAACGAGCUUAAAACCGCCACUCGAAACUUCCGGCCUGAUAGUGUGUUGGGUGAGGGUGGUUUUGGUUCUGUCUUUAAAGGGUGGAUUGAUGAGCAGUCCUUUGCAGCUACCAAGCCCGGGACUGGCUUGGUCAUUGCAGUGAAAAGGCUCAACCAAGAAGGCUUUCAGGGUCACAGAGAAUGGCUGACAGAAAUAGACUACCUUGGUCAGCUGCAUCAUCCUAAUCUUGUGAGAUUGAUUGGCUUUUGUUUAGAGGACGAGCAUCGACUUCUCGUUUACGAGUUUAUGCCUCGAGGCAGCUUAGAAAACCAUCUAUUUAGGAGGAGUUCUCGGUUUCAACCUCUAUCAUGGAGCCUUAGAAUGAAAGUUGCCCUUGGUGCAGCUAAAGGGCUAGCUUUUCUACAUAGCGACGAAGCGAAAGUAAUAUAUCGAGACUUCAAAAGCUCGAAUAUCCUGCUCGACUCAAGCUAUAAUGCAAAACUCUCUGAUUUUGGAUUAGCCAAGGAUGGUCCUACAGGUGAUAAAAGCUAUGUUUCCACGAGAGUUAUGGGAACAUUUGGCUAUGCUGCUCCUGAAUAUAUGAUCACAGGUCAUCUCACUUCGAAGAGCGAUGUUUAUAGUUUUGGAGUUGUUCUUCUCGAGAUCCUAUCGGGGAGACGAGCUAUAGACAAAAACCGACCAUCUGGAGAACAUAAUCUUGUGGAAUGGGCCAAACCUUACCUCGCUAGCAAACGAAGAAUUCUUCGAAUAUUGGAUGCACGUAUCGAAGGCCAGUAUUCGACAGGAGGAGCACUGAAAGCAGCUAAACUUGCCAUUCAAUGCAUAUCAACUGAACCCAAGUUAAGGCCUAACAUGAAUGUGGUAGUGAAAGCAUUGGAGCAAAUUCAGGAUUCCAGUGAAACAAAUGGAUCAAGAGGUGGCCCUGUAAGCAAACCCCUAAAGAACUCCAGUCAAGGCCGUGGCUCCACAAAUAACAAAGCUGUUUCUUAUCCUAGACCAUCAGCUUCAGUACUAAAUCUUUAGACAUCUGAUGAACCGGCUAACGUUUCGGCCGAACCGGAUGACCCCUCAUGUUUGUAACUGAAUCAUUGUACAGCUUCUUGUUUAAAGAUGUUUGUCUGCAGAAUCAGUCCCCUUGUGUGUUUCCUGUUCUUGCUUGGUAAGAACAAGAUUUCGUUCCACGAAGAGUCAGGCAUCAUAAGCUUAAAACACUCGUUUCAAACAAUGCUUCAACAAAAUAGAGUGUUGUUCUUCUUAUAGAGUUGAGAAUAGCAGAAAAAUUCUACAUAUUCUGCUGUAGUUGUUACUUUUUCCUCUUGGAUCUGGCAAUAAAUCCCUCUGAAAGAUUGAAUUUCCCUUC